AUGGCGACGAUCAUUGAUCCUGACAAUCUGCCAAAUCCUGGUUCUACUUUAUUCCUGCCGUCCUUGCUCGCCCAUAUCCGUGCCGCUGCCCCCGGGGACAGAAAUCUUAUACUGAGAACCCGCGAAGAGGAUAUCGGUCUUGUGUCCAGACUUGCGACUAUAUCGGUCUUCGGUUACAUCACCCACAAACUUAGAUGCCAUGCUGAUACCAAGUCUCAGACACCCGCUAAAUUUCUGAGAUAUCUCUUUCUUCCACCCCCAGCUGCCACCUGCCACCGAUGCAGGAAGUCUUCUUUUCCGAGGUCUAUGUCUUUUCCAAGUGACAUUGCGCGGCCCAUUCAGCGUACCUCGCAACUAACCUCUGAUGAUCUGACCCCCGGAACUGAUGGCGGACCAUUCACGGAAACCCACUCAACGCCGACGCGCCUGAGCCUCCAAACUAAGCCCUCUGUACCUAAUUUUGUUUCUAGUGGCAAUACGACCGGUCACCAACGCCAUGCAUCGCAUGUCAGUUCAGAUGUACUUAAAAUACCAUCUGCAAUUGUCGUCUCCGGAUUAGAACAUGCUAGUUUACCUGCGCAGCGUGCUGUCCUGCGGACUCUUGCGGAGAAGAAGCUUGUUAUGGGGGAUAACCACUCAGACGUCGAGCCAGAACUGCAGUUUGAUCUGCCAGAUGACUUUAUCAUGGUUUAUGUAUGUUGCUUAGAUCCCCAGGAGAAACCUCCUAUAUACAACAGCUUGCUCGACUGGUUUGCUAUGAGCACGCCUAUCAAUGUCCAACUAUCCACGCGAACCGCAAUACAUCAAUAUCAACCUCACCGCGCCUCAACGCCUUCCACAGCGCUCUCCUCUCCCUCGAUACCAGGGUACUCGCUCCCAAACGUCCUUUUGUCCGGCCCGCCAACCCCUCCUCCACCACACAGCUCCAUGCCCGUCAUACCUGCUGCGUUCUUGGCAAGGCUCAAAUACCUAUACCUAUUUACCGCGACGCGGCAUUUUGGUGCGCUAGACGCCAUGAUGCUCACCGCCCGUGCACGCCAAGAUGCGGAGGUCCUUGCGCGGGCUGCUCGGGUGCUCGGGGUCGAUCAAACAGGGGCAGAGCUGAUUAAGGAAGUAGCGAUCGGUGCUACCGAGCGCAUUGACGAGGACAGCCUUACCGAACGGGAGUACACCCGCACGAGCACGAGCACGCAGAGCUUUGAAGCACUUAUCGAUGGCUCCGCGCUGCCAUUCCAUGUGCCUGACGUGACUAGCGUGCAUACGCACCGCAGUAUGCAGAGUACGCCCAUCAAGAAUGAGGAACCACUAGAACUGGAUGUGUCCGAAGCGGAUGUGGCGAGGAUUUUCCCGAGGGUGGUGUCGCAUCGGGUUAGGGUGAGGGAUUCACCUGUGGAUGAAAUUUUGAGUGGCGCGGUUUGUGGGGCUGUGAGUUUACCGGGGUUCAUACCUAAAGGGAUGAAUUCGGACUGGGAAGAGGGGCCCGUUGACGUGCAUGAUCCAGAUACCGUUUGGGAGCGGGAAACAGUCAAAGAUAUAUUGGUACAUGUACUUGCCAACGUAUGA